CCGCCUCGAGUAUCUCUCUCUCUCUCUCUUCUCUGUUCUCUCUAUUGAUUGCAUAGACCAAAAAACACACAUACACACAAAAGAAAGAAAGAAGAUGGAGACGACGAUGAAGAAGAAAGGGCGAGGGAAGGCGACAAUAACAUCACAGAAAGAAGAAGAAGGAACAGUGAGGAAAGGGCCUUGGACUAUGGAAGAAGACUUCAUCCUCUUUAAUUACAUCCUUAAUCAUGGUGAAGGUCUUUGGAACUCUGUCGCCAAAGCCUCUGGUUUAAAACGUACCGGAAAAAGUUGUCGGCUCCGGUGGCUAAACUAUCUACGACCAGAUGUGAGGCGAGGGAACAUAACCGCUGAAGAACAGCUUUUGAUCAUUCAGCUUCAUGCUAAGCUUGGAAACAGGUGGUCGAAGAUUGCAAAGCAUCUUCCGGGAAGAACGGACAACGAGAUAAAGAACUUCUGGAGGACAAAGAUUCAGAGACACAUGAAAGUGUCAUCAGAACAUAUGAUUUGUUCGGGAAACUCACAGAGCUCGGGGAUGACGACGACGGACCAAGGCAGCUCUGGCAAAGCCAUAGACAUGGCUGAGAGCUUCUCUCAGGCGAAGACGACGUUUAAUGUGGUGGAACAGUCAAACGAGAAUUACUGGAACGUUGAAGAUCUGUGGCCUGUCCACUUGCUUAAUGGUGACCACCAUGUGAUUUAAGAUAUAUAGUCCUAUACAUUUAUAUGCCCCAGCUGAAUUUUUGUGUUUGGUACGUUAUUUGGUGUUCUAUUGCUGAAAUGUCGUUGCAUUUAAUUUACAUAUGAUUAAGUGCAUGUUAUCGUUAAAUCUUCAAAACAUAUGGAGGUGGUGUGUGAAUUACUUCUGUUCUUUAAAGCAUAUAUAUACUAUCUUUUUCAAAUUCGAGUGGUUUUUGAUGUUUGGAGUUAUUCAAAGAAACCAUAUAGCAGUUG